AUGCCAGCUGAUAUAAGGAGCUUUUUUGGUGGUAAGGGGAGCCAAGGCUCGAACCCUUCUCCUGCGAAACCUGCCGCAAAGAAAGAGGCCCCAUCUCGGAACAAGCGGACCAGAAAGGUUGUGGAUGACAGCGAUGAUGACGAGGUAGUCGAAACUAAAGCCCCGGCUCCGAAGGUUAAAGCUCCAAGCAAAUCGAAGGCCGAAGCACUAGAAGGGGAGGCAACAACGACGUCGGACUACUUUGCCUCGAGUAAGAAGAGAGGACGGCCUCAGAAAACCGCUUCUGAACCGCAACCAUCUAAGAGCAACGCCGCUGCAAACAAGACCGAGAGCCCCAAGGCCGCGAAGAAAGCGCCAGAGCCAAAAGUUACCACCAGGAAUACUCCUCGCAAGGACACGAAACGUAGUACUGCGAUUCUCGAUGACGAAAAGCUAGGGGAUGACGAUAUCUUCGCAACCGAGUACAAAAAGGGAGGCAAAGGCGAUGAUGACUACAAGGAGGAAGAUGCCGAAGAGAGUGACGAUUUUGAUGAGCUCCCAGUGAAGCCAGCAGCCGCUCGGGGCAGACAAGUGGCGACGAAGCGCUCGGCUCUUGAUGAAUCCGACGACGACGUGGUUAUGCAAGAUCUUCCCGAGCGCCCUGCCAAUCCCGCAACUCCACGAAAGCAACGAAAGCGGAAGUCUGAGGCCGUAAACGAGGAAGACGAUGUUGAUUUCCAGGAACCACCGAAGAAGACUUCGACUACCGCCAAGGCAAAGAAAUCAAGACCAGCCCCGGCAAGAAAGGAUCAGUCAGAGAGCAAAGAGAUUCAAGAUAUUUUUGACAGCAUUCCACAGGUCAAAGCUCCGUCGCCACCACCAGAUACCGGUGACAAAGCAAAGCCGUUCGCAUUCGGUGGACAGCGAUCACGAUCCCCUGGUGGUGGAGGAGCCACGAUACCCUCGGGAGCAGAAAACUGCCUGGCCGGGUUGUCAUUUGUCUUUACAGGUGUUCUGGAAACUCUCGGCCGUGAGGAAGGCCAGUCGCUAGUGAAGCAAUAUGGUGGUAGGGUUACUGGAGCUCCUAGCUCCAAGACAAGCUACGUCGUCCUCGGAAGCGAUGCUGGGCCGAAGAAACUCCAGACGAUUAAGAAGUUCAACCUGAAGGUAAUCAAUGAAGAAGGGUUGUUCGAGCUUAUUCGCCGGCUUCCUGCGAACGGUGGCGAUGGGAAAGCGGCCGAAAAGCAUGAAGCAAAGAAGCGGGCUGAGGAAGGGAAGGUUCGCGAGAUGGCAGCUGAAAUUGACAAAGAAGAGAAGCGCAAGAGCGCCGGGAAACCAAAACCAAUGGUCAGCAAGGGCGCCCAAGAUAGCACAGCACCCGAGAUUGACGAUCGCCUCUGGACUGUCAAAUAUGCCCCAACAUCUUUGAGCAUGAUAUGUGGUAACAGAGCUCCCGUCGAGAAGCUUCAAGCCUGGCUUAGAGACUGGCGGAAGAAUGCCAAGGCAGAUUUUAAGAAACCAGGCAAAGACGGCACUGGAAUUUAUCGAUCUGUCAUGAUUUCUGGACCUCCAGGGAUUGGUAAAACUACUGCGGCACAUCUUGUCGCAGAGCUUGAAGGGUUUGAUGUCUUAGAGACGAAUGCGAGUGACACGAGGAGCAAGAAGCUCAUUGAAACAGGCCUUCGCGGGGUUCUCGAUACAACGUCUCUUCAAGGUUAUUUUUCGACCUCGGAUAAAAAAGUUGAGCGUGAGAAGAAAAAUAUGGUUCUGAUUCUGGACGAGGUGGACGGCAUGUCGGGGGGCGAUAGGGGAGGUGUGGGAGCGAUGGCUGCCAUUGCGAAGAAAUCCCAAAUACCGCUCAUUCUCAUUUGCAACGACCGAAGACUUCCUAAAAUGAGGCCUUUUGAUCACGUUGUUUUCGAUAUUCCUUUCAGACGCCCGACCGUUGACCAGAUUCGAUCUCGUCUCUCAACCAUCUGUUUCCGAGAGGGGCUGAAGAUUCCUCCCCCAGUCCUGGAUAGCUUGAUUGAGGGAACACAUGCGGAUAUCCGACAGGUAAUCAACAUGUUGUCGACCGUCAAACUAGACCAAACAGACCUUGCCUACGACCAAGGGAAGCAAAUGGCGAAGGCCUGGGAGAAACACAUCGUCUUGAAACCGUGGGAUAUUGUUGGCAAGAUUCUCAGUCCCCAGAUGUUUUCUCCAAGCUCGUCCGCUACACUCAACGACAAGGCUGAGCUAUACUUCAACGACCAUGAAUUCAGUUAUCUGAUGCUCCAGGAGAAUUAUCUUAGGACACGGCCUACACGCGCGAACAACUACCAAGGCAGAGAGCAAAAGCUGAAAUUGCUUGAGCUAGCGGACAAUGCAGCCUCGAGCUUUAGCGAUGGAGAUCUUGUUGAUAGGAUGAUCCAUGGCAGCCAGCAGCAAUGGAGUCUGAUGCCAACACAUGCUAUGUUUAGUUUCGUACGUCCGGCAAGUUUUGCUUACGGUAACAUGAUGGAACGCCCUGCCUUUACCAGUUGGUUGGGGCAGAACAGUAAGCAAGGCAAACUCUCGCGUUACGUGAAGGAGAUCCAAGGACGCAUGCGGCUUCGCGCUUCCGGCGAUCGUCACGAAGUCCGACAGCAAUAUAUUCCGCUCUUGUGGGAUAAACUUGUCAAGCGAUUAAUGGCCGAUGGCAAAGAAGCAGUUGACGACGUGAUUGAUUUCAUGGAUAGCUACUUCCUUACUCGGGAAGAUUGGGAUGCGUUGGUUGAGCUGGGACUUGGUCCAAUGGACGAGUCUAAAGUCAAGCUCGAUACACAGACCAAAUCUGCCUUCACUCGGCUCUACAACCAGCGAACACACCCCCUACCAUACAUGAAGGCUAGCAAUGUUGUCGCCCCCAAGAAUGUGCCGAAGGAGAAACCAGAUAUUGAAGAUGCCAUCGACGAGUCAGACGAUGAGGCCCUUGUCGACGAAACCAAGGAUGAAGAUGAGAACGACGAGAUUGAUCUCAAGAAAGACAAGCUUAUUCGUAUGCCCAAGAAGUCCAAAGCCAAGACCAGCACGGCGAAGGGUACGGCCAAAGGGAAGGGGAAGACGAAGAAGGCUAGCGAGGACGAUUUCAUGGAGGAUGACGAUGAGGAGCUAAAGCCUAAGAAGGCCAGAGGCAGGAAACCCAAAGCGAAGGCAUAA